GUGUCAUUAUUUGACAAGUAGUUGUUUGGCGUUAAGAUUUUAUUUUUCGCUUAAAAACAAAUCUGUAAAUAUCAAAUUGAUUAUAAGAUGUUUCCUAAAUAAUAAUAUUUUAAGUGAAUUUUAAAACUGUUAACUACAUGACGCCAAUAAUAUUUUCAAACUAGGUCAUUUAGAACUUUCUAAAUUGGUUACCGAUCGCGUGUGUGUGGUGUUUGAUUUUAAGUUUUAAUAUUUUUUUUAUAAAAGUGAGUGAGUUGAUAUGGCAGAUAAUGACGAUUAUUUAGACUCGAUUGACAACAACCAUCUAGACGGAACCAACGGUUCAUUAAACAUGACCGACAACAGCCUAGGCGGUGAUGAAGCUUCAGGUACAGACGUACCGGACCUGGCCGCGAUUAAGGCCAGGGUUAGAGAAAUGGAAGAGGAGGCAGAGAAACUUAAACAGAUGCAUACAGAGGUGGACAAACAGAUGAGCUUAGGAAGCCCGCCGGGACUCACGAGUCCCCUAAACAUGUCACUUGAAGAAAAAAUUGAGACUGACAAUAGGUCAGUUUAUAUUGGCAAUGUGGAUUAUGGUGCUACAGCCGAGGAGCUGGAGCAGCACUUCCAUGGCUGUGGGUCUAUUAAUAGGGUGACAAUAUUAUGUAAUAAGUUUGAUGGACAUCCAAAAGGAUUUGCUUAUAUUGAAUUUGGAGACAAAGAUAGCGUUCAGACCGCCAUGGCAAUGGACGAGUCACUGUUUAGAGGCAGGCAGAUAAAGGUGAUGCCGAAGCGUACCAACAAGCCAGGCCUGUCGACAACCAACCGUCCACCCCGCGGCGCGAGAGGUCGCGGCCGAUCCUACCGCGGCGGGUUCACGCCGUACUUCUCCGGCUACCGGCCCAUGCGCCGUGGCAGAGGUUUCAGGCGAGGCGGUUAUUAUUCACCUUACUGAGUGCGGUAGUGGGGGCUAUGCCCCCGGCCGCGAAGAUUUUGAGAGGAAAUGCCUUGCGACCCUUUAAUAUUGUGAUCUGUGACAGUGUAACAAACUUGUACGUCCCAUUUAGAUAGGAUGUCAAAUUGAGUUAUUUGUAGAUAAACUGUUAGUUUCUGUAGUUUUGAGAGUCCAAGUGCUGAAAUCUGUAUGGAAAUGUGUGUGUUGAUGACAUGUAGUAAAGUAAGGGAUAACUCGUAGGGCACAAUGGUGAAAGUGUUAGAUGUAACCCGAGGAAGCGUCUGUUUGCUACACAAGUGAUAUAAUUCGUAUCUGGACUAUUUUCAAUAUUAAUACACAUGUUGAAACUCAGUUAAAUAACUGAUAAAAUUUAUAGCUUAGUUUAAUGAAACAUGUUCGAAGGGACUUACAAACUAGUAAUAAAUCUUAAUGUAAUAUAGACUUAGACGAAAUAAGGAAAAUAAUACUAUUGGUUUGGCUGUAGAUUUAUGGCAAUGACAAAAACGACUUUUUGUUUCGUUAAUUUCACAUUUUCUACCAUAAUCGCAUAGUGAGAGUGCUUUUGCGCUCUUUAAAAUAUCCAUACUGGUGAUUGUAUACAUUUAAGUCAACAGGUUUUUUCUGACAUUUGUCAAGCCAAAGAUCUAUUAAUUAUCCAGUCAACGUGAAAUCAAUUUGAGUUUUUUUUUAAACAAACAGUCUAGUUUUAGUACUUGAUCCUAUUAAAUAUAGCAGAUUCUACUGUUACCUUCGUAUCGGUAUUUGAACUACUGACGAUUAUUUGACCCCGCGGCUACGUCACAAAUAUUUUUAAUAUGUAACGAUAGUGUGGGUCACGCCGUACGGUUUCAAUCGUAUGUUCUGAGUUAAUAUAGAAUAUAAUUUCCAUUAUAAUCCCACCACAAUUUUUAUUCUUACAGUUAUUAUUAUACACAAUUUAGAGAUUCGUUUCUUAUUUGAUAAUUAUAAUGAAAAAAAAAAUAGUAAAAUCUGUUUCGUUAAUCAGUUACGUUGUUUUAUCUGUAUUGUCGUUAAUUAUCAUGUCCUUUUUUUUAAUUAAGAAAAAAAGUUUCUUCUAAAAAGGUUGAUACAGUAUUCAGAUAUGGUAUGUUAAAGUUAUUUGAGUUGGUAAGUUUGUGUGUUAUAAAACGGAUAAGGAACGAGCAAUAAGUAGACAUUUUCUGCUUUUGUUUAACAUCAUUGUAGGCGACGACAGAUGUAUGUUUACUAUUAUUAUUUUAUACAAUCGUUUAGAAAUUAUUGCAUCUUUUAAUCAGAGAUUUAAUCCAUUAAUUGUGACAAGCAUCCCACAGCUAUAUGGCACGGCUUAUCUUAAAAGUUGAAUCUUCGGUAGCUAUGGUGAUUUUUUUUUAAUUCUUAAGGAAUCUGAGGAUUUGUGUUGAUUUACAUAUUAAUUACUAAGUUAAAACAUUUAUUUUGUAUGUGAAAUUAUUUAAGUAAUUAUUCAUAUAGCAAUUCAUACAUUUUAGAUGACAAUAUCAUGUGUAUUUUUGUAAAAGCACAAAAAAAAAUUGUAUUUUCACGUAAUUUGUACGAAAUUAUCAUAAUUUUAGUGAGUAUUAAUUUUUAAGGGUUUCUUUCUUUUAUUUGCUUCUGUUUUAGAAAUGUAAGAAAACAUGCAAAAGUAUUCAAGAAAACUCCUUAACACUGUUGCAUCUGAUUAUUAAAAAAAUACAACAAGAUCAGUGAAAUAUCUUAAAAGGUGUGCAGAAAUAACAAUAAUUUUAAGAACUAAA